AAAACAUCUCUAUUGAGUACAAUGUUCUAUAUUAUUGAGCAUUGAGACUAUGCGAUUAAAAUCUUUAUUGGGCAUCAAAACAUCUUCAUUGAGUAUCGUGUUCUCUACUAUUGAACAUCGAGACUAUGUGAUUGAUAUCCAAUCUGGUCGCCGCAGGCUCCAAUCUAACAUGUGGUGGUGGCGUGAUUUUUGUAGUCUAGAAGGAGUCAGUGAGCCGCGGACAGCAGCGUCUUGUCGUGUAGGUGCGAAGAACAAGCAGUCUAUAUGGGAUGCGAGUGGCAAGUCGUCCUUAUGGAAACGAGCGGCGAACCAACAAUCUGGGUGUGAGCGGCGAGCUAUCAGUCUAGGUGUGAGCGGCGAGGCGUCCAUCUAGGUCAUCGAUGGAGAGUGCGCAGUGCCAAUAAAAUCUGGUUGUACCAUGCACAUGGUACACUGACUGUACGAUAUAAUUUGCCCAAUUUACAUAAAGUAUAAAAAUCAUUACAAAUUGUAUUAGGAGAUGUAAAUACAUAUGAGAAAUGUAUAAAUUGUACAUUGAUUAUUG